AUGAAACGCUAUCUUAUCGACGAGAACAUGAUCCGUCACAUCCCGGUCCGCCAGCGCGAGUUUACGAGCGUCUUGAGACGGCACUCUAUCCGCGCCCAGGUUGAAAAAGGGGAAUGUGAAGAGAUCCAGGCGGAGAUAAGCAAGCCUGUGCAGACCAUGAGAGUCUUCCGCGCGGCACACAGGGCGCGAGUAAUCCCGUACCUGAAGCAGCCAGCGCCAGAGAGACUAAUCAUGACGACGGGCAAAUCCGUUUUGGAGAACGAGGACACAAACGGACUUGAAGACGCCUUGGCCCCGCUGAAAAAGAUGAUGACGACUCAACUGCAGGAGACUGUCUAG